CUCGAGACAAAUUAAAAACAAAACAUUACGUUUCACGACAUCAGACCCUCUGGCUCGCAGGAAAGGGACUAACACCAGAGACCACGGGACAAAUGACAGAACCAAAGAUCACCAUUAGACAUAUAGAUGAAGACUCCGUUGACUUCGUAUUAGCAGAUGUUGAUCUUGCGCUUGCGAACUCGUUGAGAAGAACAAUGAUUGCAGAGAUCCCAACAUUGGCCAUCGAUAGCGUUGAGAUUGAGCUCAACUCCUCGGUGUUGGCCGAUGAAUUCAUAGCACAUAGACUGGGUCUUAUACCCUUACAGAGUCUCGAUGUUGAUAAGUUGGAGUACUCCAGGGACUGCACCUGUGACGACUAUUGCAACCGUUGUUCUGUUGAACUGAGCUUGGACGUGCGUGCCGAAGAAGAAACGCUAUCGGUGUAUUCCAAGGACUUGAACAUUGUCAGUUCCAAUCAAAACUUGAACAUUGGUACGCCUAUCAUUGUUGACCAAGCACACAAUGGUGUUCUGAUCUGUAGACUGAGACAAGACCAACAGUUGAAGGUACGUUGUAUUGCAAAGAAGGGUAUCUCAAAGGAACACGCCAAAUGGUCCCCAUGUGCAGCCAUUGGGUUCGAGUACGAUCCAUGGAAUAAGCUCAAACACACAGACUACUGGUAUGAAGUGGAUGCCGACGCCGAAUGGCCAAAAUCUGAGAACUGUGGAUUCGAAGAUCCACCUUCAAAGGAUGACGAGUUUGAUUACAGAGCUGAACCGGAUAAGUUCUAUAUAAACGUUGAGACUGUUGGCUCGCUACCACCAAAUGAGGUUGUUGCGCGUGGUAUUGAUGUCUUGCAGAAAAAGAUUGCCGGUAUCGUUUCAGAGCUGAACAAGAUUGCUGAUGGAUCCCGUACUGGUUAUGGAGCUCAUGGACAAACAAACGGUGGCUUUACAGGUUAUGGUGGUGGCAACACCGGAUAUGGUCAAUCACAAUAUGGGGCUUCACAGUAUGGUCAGCAGUACGGGUCUCAAUACGGACAGUAUCAGUACUAAUAUGCGGAUGUAUAUACGUUGAAAUCAAUGUUGACUGUUCCAAUCAACACAGUCUUUAAAUCUAACUAGCUUUCCACCAAAUAUAUCAAGAGCACUGCCAUAUGUGAGGUCGACUUUCCCCUGGCUGAGUUCUUGAACUCUUCUGAGAUCGGCAACGUCCUUCGCACCUCCAGCAUAUGUGAUUGGUAUAUUACAC